AUGAUACGAUAUUGGACCAGACGUAAUGAAGUCACUUCGUUGGCUAAAGCUUUUAUCAUGCAAAGCAGAACCUAUGCUAUAAAAGAAAUCAAUUUCAAAGAGCUUGAUGAGAAAUGGACUAAAAAUUGGCAAAACAACAAGUAUCUUCGAGCGACACCAACUACUACGGGAACCAACAGCAAUGUUGCUUUCUCUGAUAAGGCAAAAUGUUUCUACUUGUUAGUGAUGUUUCCGUACCCUUCGGGUAUUUUGCACAUGGGUCAUCUUCGGGUUUACACUAUAGGUGACGUAGUUGCCAGAUUUAAGAAGAUGCAAGGGUACAAGGUUAUCAAUCCCAUGGGAUGGGACGCCUUUGGAUUGCCUGCAGAAAAUGCUGCAGUUGAGAGGGGCAUCGAUCCAGCCAUAUGGACAGAGACUAAUAUUGCAGUAAUGAAAGAUCAAAUGAAGUGUUUUUUAGCGGAUUUUGAUUGGCAUCGAGAAAUCAACACAUGUUCUCCAGAGUACUACAAAUGGACUCAGAAGAUAUUUCUUAUGAUGUUUGAAAACGGACUUGCGUAUCAAAAGGAGGCUGAAAUAAAUUGGGAUCCUGUAGACAAAACAGUUUUGGCGAAUGAGCAAGUCGACUCAGAGGGAAAAUCAUGGAGGAGUGGAGCUAUUGUUGAGAAGAGAAACUUAAAACAGUGGUUUAUAGGGAUAACGAAAUAUGCAGAAAGACUCGUUCAAGAUUUGGAUACUUUAACAGGUUGGCCGCAGAAUGUUAAAACAAUGCAAAAAAAUUGGAUUGGAAAGUCUCGUGGGCUCCUGAUAAGCUUUCCCAUCAGCAACAGCGGGAACCCUUUGCGCGUGUAUACGACUCGUCCAGAUACAUUAUUCAGUGUGCAGUUCCUCGCAUUGAGUCUAAACCAUGCAUUAGUUGUAGAACUUGCAAAAAAUGAUAUAAAGUUGGCAGAAUUUAUAAACCAUGCAAAAACCUUGGAUUCUGAUUCUAAGCAAGGGUAUAAACUUGAAAAUUUGACUGCUUCAAUACCAAUUAAUAGUGAUAAUAGUAAGCGUGAGAUUUUUGACGUUCCUAUUUAUGUUGCUCCUUAUGUUCUAAGUGAAUAUGGUUCUGGUGCAGUAAUGGGUUGCCCUGGUCACGACCUUAGAGAUUACGAGUUUUGGAAAUUGCAUGAACCAAAUGGGAAAAUUAUUCAGGUAAUUGGCACUGACUCUAAGGAACAACAACCAAGUGAGGAGGAGGAGAACAUUACUAUUCCGUAUGUAUCAAAACAAGGAGUCUUGCGUAGCUCCAAUCCCCAUGUUGCAAGUUUGGGAGACUACGAAGGAAAAUCUCCCGCCGAUGCAGCAAGAGAAAUCACCACUAGGCUUAAUGAACUAGGUCUUGGAGAAGAAGUCACUCACUAUAAGUUGAAGGAUUGGUUAAUCAGCAGACAAAGGUAUUGGGGUGCACCUAUUCCGAUUGUUCACUGUGAAAAAUGCGGUCCCGUAGGCGUUCCUGAGGAACAAUUACCCGUGUUGUUACCGAAAGUGGAUAGCAAGUAUUUUGGAAAGGGCAAUCCUUUGGAGAAUGCGCAUGAUUUUGUCCAUUGCAAGUGUCCAUCGUGUGGUGGUUCUGCCAAAAGAGAAACUGAUACUAUGGACACUUUUAUGGACUCGUCUUGGUAUUUUUUGCGUUAUUUGGAUCCACACAACAAUAAAAUGAUUCUCAGCAAAGAAGCAAGUCAAAACAUGCCUGUUGAUUUGUACAUUGGAGGUGUGGAACACGCUAUCUUGCACUUGAUGUAUACGAGAUUUGUAGCAAAAUUCUUGAAGGAUCAAGGGAUCUGGGGUGAAGAAAAAGGGGAGGAAGGCAUCAAAAGCAGUGGGGGAGAUGAGCCAAUGUUGAGAUUGAUAACACAAGGAAUGGUUCAUGGAAAGACCUUUAGCGACCCAUCAAAUGGGAAAUUUUUGAAACAGGAAGAACUUAAUUGGAAUGAUUCCGAAACUCCUGUAAUCAAAGGAUCUGGUAAAACGCCUGUAAUAACAUACGAAAAGAUGUCCAAGUCAAAAUUCAAUGGUGUAGACCCUGGCGAAUGCAUCCUAAAACAUGGAGCAGAUGCAACAAGAGCACAUAUAAUAUUUCUGGCACCUGUUUCCGAUACUCUUCAAUGGAAUGAGGAACAAAUCCUGGGAAUAGACAGAUGGCUUAGAAGAGUGAUUAACCUUGCCGACUCUGUUUAUGAGUUGGACGAUGCGAAUUUCUCUCAGGGUCUGGUGCACGCCGCCAGCGUUAGAUUAUGGGGAGGAGUAAAUGAACACAACGAAUCAAAAACUAUUGAACUAAACGAGCAUGAAUUUGAGCUCUACAAUAGUGUCCAGGGACUCAUACAAAAUAUAGCCAACUCUAUAGACGAGGUGUUUUCACUCAAUACUGUUGUUUCCGACUUGAUGAAGAUUACCAACUUAAUCACAGAGGCAAUUAAAAAAUCAAAUUAUUAUAAAGCGGAAUUGAUUCAAAAUAUCUACAGAAAAUUGUUGGUAUGUAUGGCGCCCGUGACUCCCGUUACUGCUGAAGAAUGUUGGGAAAAGGUGAAUAUCAAAGAAGGACGUGAACCAAGUUCUGUACUUCAACAACUGUAUCCAAGGGAGGAAUUACUUCAAACUUGUAUUCAAAGAUACAAUGUGUUUAUUGAUGGAAAGGCAAGAGGAACGAUUGUUUUUGAUAAAAAUUUGGUACAGCAAAGCGAUGCAAAUAUUGUUGAUAUGAUGCGAAAGAAUCCAAAUUUUGAACGAUACUUGUCAAGUUCCAUACAAAAAGUGAUCAAGAAAAACGGUCUUAUCAGCAUCGUCUCUGCGCGGUGA